AUGGAGGCAGCAGAGCUCCGUGCUGUCCUGAAGCUGGGCCCAACGCAAGAGAUGGCCAUGCCGGCGCGCGCUGGGGUUUUCGGGCAAGCGGUCGUCUCUUCCUCGAGCAUUUGGAAGGGAGACGGCACGGAACCGACCUUUUCGUGCAUCUUCGUGCAGAUUUGGCAGGGUGCAGAGCUGUGCGGCCUCGUCAAGCUGGUGCUGCCGCAGCUGAAGGCAGAUGCUUUGCAGAACAUCAAUUGUGGUGGUGUGGAGAAGCUGCUAGAAGCACACUUGGACAUCCAAGCAGUCGCCACAGACAGGAGGGUUGGGAAGGUGGAGGUUCUUAUGCAGGCCGGCUUGCAGCCAAUUCUGCUCGCGAUGGAGACGUCAAAUGUGCAGUCAGAGCAAAGAGAGGAAGAUCGUGUCAGCGGCCUUCUGCUCCUUGCUUGCCACCUGGAAGAGUUGGACAGCGAGCUGGCUCUGACAGAGGCAACGCUCCGGAGUUGUGCGCCCUCUUUGACGUCCAGAGAGGCUGUAGCAAUUUCCCAAGCCUUUGAGGGUCCCGAGGCUUGGGCGGCACUCAUGGCCACCCUGCAAGCUGUGCAGCGCAGUGCCGAUGGUCUGGUGGCAGAAGUGGGGGACGAGUGCGCUUCUGUGGGUCUGGACUUCCUAGAUGUGGCAGCUCCCAUCAAGCUGCAGCGCCAGGACAUGGCGCGCAUUUUGAGGAUUCGCGGUGUCCAGCUGGGCUGGAACACACUUGAGUCAGUUUUCCAGUCGCUUUGUACAGACUCUGCGCUUCCAGCAGCCCACUUCACGCGGCUUUUUAGAUGCUGUGCGGAGAGGCGGACUGCCCGUGUUGCGAAGCUGAGACAUUUAGAAGCUCAAGUGCUCGAGGAGUACCGCCGCAACCAAUGCUCAGAUGCGACCUUUGUCUCCGCCUACUCCAAGUCGGACGGCACCUUGGAUCUGCUGGGUUUGACGGUGCUUCUGAGAUCCUUGGGCCCCUUUUUGCGGCAGGACGUUGAGGCCCUGGCAGAGUAUCUCCUUCAGAAGCUUGGAGCACUUGGAGCACGGACCGGAAGUGUUGCAGCGCUGGCGGUGCAGCAGUGGCUUCAUCCGGGUGACCUGAGCGAGAGGGAUGGUACCAACAAGGCAAAGGAUAAGGCGACUGGUUGGGCCGAACAUAUCACUGAAGAUCAGAGAGAAAUGAAAGAGGAGAACCGCAAUCUUGGUGAAGUGAAUGAUCGCGUCAUUUCUUUUGGUGAGACUGUCAGAGAAGAGGUACUGCAGCAAAUGUUAGUCGGGGCGCAGUCAUUGGACAAGGCCCCGGAGGAAGCACAAAGGCCAAGUCGUGGAAGAUAUCAGGGAGCGAGUGCACGACAAGCGGUGCCUUUGUCCAGUUUUUCUAAGAAGGCCCAGGCAACAGUACAAUUGUCGAAGCCUUUGCACCGCGAUGACUGCCACAAGCUGGAGGAGGUCUUGUCGCGCUCCCUUGAAUUGGGGCUGGAUCGGCUCGGGGUGAUCGGAGCAGAGGAGGGUGCGUUGCGGAUUUGUGUCCAAAUCCAACCGCCGCAGUGGGAAGGGGAGGUGACGGCAGAGGCUGCGAUGAGAAGGCUGGCUGCGCAGCUGGAGGACUCCACGCUGUCACUCGGUGCCCUGGGCCGGUACUUCACCUGA